AUGCAAUCCACCCAACCCGCCGACAUCGCCAUCAUCGGCGGCGGUAUCGUCGGCUCAGCCCUAGCAUACUACCUCUCCCAAAACCGCCAUGAAGACAAAAAAAUCAUCCUCCUCGACCGCUCUCUAACCCCCCUCAACGGCUCAACCGGCCACGCCCCCGGCUUCGUCGGCCAAUACAACGACAGCGCCAUCCUCACCCGCCUCGCCAGAGACACUGUGCAGGAGUACACCAAGAUCCCCGGCGGUUUCCACACCAUCGGCGGCCUCGAGCUCGCCACGAGCCAGACAGGCGCAGAGCGUCUACAGCGCCGGCACGACUCAGCCAGCGCAGCAGGCCUCCCGGCGAAACUCAUCUCCCCGGAGGAAGCAGCUCGCAUGGCCCCAGCGCUGAUCAAGAAAGAGGAUGUAACAAGCGCAUUGUACUUUGCCAGCGACGGGGCAGCGAAUGCUACACGUAUCACGACGUUCUAUCAAGAUGAAGCGCGGGCUAGGGGCGUCGAGUGUCUCGAGGUAGAUGUCACUGGUAUCCACAAAGAUGGUAACGGCCGCGUGGACGGUGUGAACACAGCUACAGCUGGAUUCAUCCCCGCUAGAACUGUCAUCCUCGCAACGGGUAUCUGGGCCCCUGAGCUUCUUCCGGACAUUGAUCUCCCUAUUCCUAUCGUACCUGUCGCUCAUCCAUACAUGUACGGGCCUUACCACGCCCAAAAGAAGAUACCAACACCAUGGAUCCGCUGGCCUGACCACCACGUCUACGCGCGCGACCACGGCCCCUUCUACGGCCUUGGGUCAUACAACCAUGCCCCUGUCGCGCAGGAGCCGAAAGAUAUUGCCAUUGGGGAGUGGAUUACCGAGUUUGACGACACUUUGAAACACGCGCUGGGAUUCAUCCCACCGGAGACUGGUCUCACUCCCAGAGAAACAUUCAAUGGGAUUUUCUCCAUGACGCCGGAUAAUCUGCCCCUUGUGGGUGAGGUUCCGGGUUUCGAGGGGGUGUAUCUGGCUGCUGCGGUGUGGGUGACGCAUGCGGCGGGGGUUGCGAGGUUUCUGUGCGAUGUGUUGGAGGGUAGGGAGGUGGAUGGGGAGGUGAAGGGUGGAUUGGAUCCGGGGAGGUUUGGGGGUAAAGAUGAGGAGAAAUUGAAGGAGGUGGCGUUGGGGGGGUAUAAUGAGAUUUAUAGGGUUGGUGGUGUGCAGUAG